UGGAUGAUAUCUCUCUCCCGCCUCCCUGUAGAAACACUAGAUACGAGCAAAACCCUAAACCUUUUUACUCCUGCAGAGUGCAGCCGCGGCCGCUCUUCCUGUCUUAAUCUUUUCGGAUUGCAGGUAAGCUGCUGCGACUAAUCUACCGAGGGUUGCAAUGGGUCGCGUUCGCACCAAAACCGUGAAGAAAUCCUCCCGGCAGGUGAUCGAGAGGUACUACUCUCGGAUGACCUUGGACUUCCACACCAACAAGAAGAUGUUGGAGGAGGUCGCCAUCAUUCCCUCGAAGCGCCUGCGCAACAAGAUCGCCGGAUUCUGUACCCACCUCAUGAAGCGAAUCCAGAGAGGCCCUGUUCGUGGAAUCUCUUUGAAGCUCCAAGAAGAAGAGCGCGAGCGGCGUAUGGACUUCGUGCCUGAGGAGUCCGCCAUUAAGACCGAUGUCAUCGAGGUCGACAAGGAGACGAUGGACAUGCUUGCUGCCCUUGGAAUGGCUGACCUACCCGGCGUCGUCAAGCAGGCUGAGCCGGCUCUCCCUCCUCCCGCUUUCGGUAGGGGCGGUGCUGCUGGUGGGGCUGCACGGAGAUAUUGAAGUGUUAAACGUGAAUGGGUUGAGCGGGAAAUGAGGUUAGUGUUAUUUGUAGUUGGCGGACCUGUUUUUGGCUUCAUUUGAGGUGGUUGCCACUGUUAUUUUAGUUUUGAAUCUGAGAUUAAAGGUAGUAUACGGUUAAUUUUAGACUUGUAUAAGGACAACAUUUGAAGUUUUGCUGCUUCUCGUUUUCUUAAAUUUCAUUCGAAUGAAAAAGUAAUGUCGACCAUCUUAUGGAUAAUGGUUUUUGUCUUC